AUGAUGAGGAAGAAUGUGGAGCUGCAGCUGCAGGCACUUCAGAUGAUAGAGUUUAUGUGUGGUUUGCUCCCAUCUGUAUUACAAAUCGAAGAUGGUGAAACUUUGAAGAAUAAAGCAAAAGUGAUCUCACCAGAGGAAACGGAACGAUACGUCCUCAUUGCGGUGAUGAGACGUACUGAGAAGCAGCGAAGAGGAGAGAAGGCGGUUGGAAAUGCAACGUGGAAAGAAGAGGAACUUUUCAGCCGUGCUCUAGCUGCUAGAAAAGAGGACGAAAGGCGACUUCAAAAACAGGAAGGUUCAACUACGACAUCUUCCCGUAUAGAAACGAGUACACCGCUGAUGCAGAAGAAUGCGGAACCAGGGGUAACCCCUGAAGAAGCUGUGCCCCAGAUAGCCGAGAGAUUCCAAACGUCCGAACGACGGCCGAGUGUCACUGAAAAAACUGCACCUACAAUGGCAGGUGCGCCUUUACCAGCCCCUUCUGAAAGAGCGCCAUCACCUUCUGGAAAGCCGCCACCAGCACCGUCUGAGAAAACGCCACCAAAAAGCAGGCGAGAAGGACGUCCACCGACAGGAAAGAGGCUGAACACUGCGAGCGGUGCUGGUGUAGAGACAGCUGCACAGAAAGGCGCGAAGGAGAGGCGGCCCUCAACGGAAGCGCGAAAACGAAAAGAGUUAGGAAGCCUCAUUACGAAUACUGGGAAGAAGGAUGAACAAGAGCAGGAAGACGAUGGAGUCACGUAUGGGCCACGCGGAAAGAACAUUUACGAUGUUAACGAUGUCAGCCAACGUGCAGCUCAAGAGCGCCCUCGUACAGCCAGAGCGGCUAGAGGCUUUAUGCGAGGAAGUCGUGGCGGCAUCGGUAGUGACGACGUUUUGGCCGCCCGCCGGGCGAUUGUUGACCAACUGAAGAGCGAAAUCGACGAUUCAUCAACAUAG